GGGGAAGAGAGAGCUUAUUGAGAAACAUUCCAGACCAAACAGACAUGGAUGGAUUCAUGUUGUAAAUUGCUGCUGCUUUCUCUCAAUCUCCAUCGUAAAUCGAAAUCCCCUUUCGGAAAUUACGAAUAAACUUCACAUUUUCCAAGAUUAUCAAGAAAAUGUCUCUUCAAGACCUCCAAAACGGUAACAGCUUCGAUCCUACGUCUUCUCAUGACGAUUUUCUCGAGCAAAUGCUUUGUGGUCUCCAAUCGGGAGUUUCUUGGCCGGAUAUAUCCGCCGGAAACGCUGGUGGUGGUGGUGCUGCUCACCAAAAACCUGGUCUCCCAUGGGAUGUCGACCAGUUUGAUGACCAAUCAGCUUUUCUAGCAUCAAAACUCCGGCAACACCAGAUCAGCGCCGGUACCGGUGGAGCAGGUAAUCCGUCGUCUGCUGCGAAAUCCUUGCUUCUUCAACAGCAGUUGCUGCUAUCUAGAGGUUUAACCAGCGCCGGUGAUUCUGGCCUUUUUCAAAAAGACAUCGUCGAUGCUUCAUCGUUCAAAUCACCGGUAACUUCUUCUCCGGUGAUUCAGCAAAAUGAUUCGAUUCGAACUCUUUUCAAUGGAUUUGCGGGAUCUCUCCAAUCGAAUCAAACCCAAGAAUUUCAUUAUCCGCCGGCCCAGAGCUUCGGAUCUCCGGGAGCCGCAGCAGCACUGAUUAACCAAGGACAGACUACCGGAGGUGCAACUGCGGCAGGUGGUGGCGGUAAUGGCCCACCGGCGCAGCCACGACAAAGAGUGAGAGCUAGAAGGGGACAAGCAACCGAUCCACACAGCAUAGCAGAAAGAUUACGGCGAGAGAGGAUUGCAGAGAGGAUGAAAUCAUUACAAGAACUGGUCCCAAAUGCUAAUAAGACAGACAAGGCUUCAAUGCUAGAUGAGAUCAUAGACUAUGUCAAAUUCCUCCAGCUCCAAGUCAAAGUGCUGAGCAUGAGUCGACUGGGGGGUGCCGCUGCUGUUGCUCCUCUUGUUGCUGAUAUCUCCUCUCAGGGAGGUCGCGAAGGAGGUGGUAAUGGUGCGGCAGGGAGGAGCAGCAACGGAACGGCGUCGUCUUCAAACAAUGACACGAUGACGGUGGCGGAGAAUCAGGUGGUGAAGCUGAUGGAGGAGGAUAUGGGGUCAGCCAUGCAGUAUUUACAAGGGAAAGGUCUUUGUCUGAUGCCGAUUUCACUAGCCACGGCGAUCUCCACCGCCACCUGCCACCCUUCUUCCACCAGGAACAACCACCCAAUGUUACUUGGCGGUGGCGAUGGUGGUGGUGGUCCUUCCUCCCCCAAUAUGUCUGUGUUAACAGUUCAAUCAGCAAAUGGUGUAUUGCCACCGGAAGGGGUCUCCAUCAUCAGAAACUCCACCUCCGUGUCGAAGCCGUAGCUUUCACCGACGUUGACUUCUGAUGACAACCCAUUGACCUUUAAAAAAAGAUAAAGAAGACAUGGGCGUCAGCGUUUUCUCCGGCAACCUUUUGUCAAUUCUACCAAACUUUUGAAUUUUAUACGUAAUCCAUUUUCUUAGUGCUUUUACGAUGUCGUUUUUGGAUAGACUUUCGUGCUCUUUAAUUUAUUCAUCUUAACUUGGAGCC